CAGAAAUUUGACCACAACCUAUAAAUAUAUUUGACAUUUCGAAUUUUGAUUCAGUUUGACAUUUCGAAUGUGUUUUCAUUAUUUCAAACAUCCAAGCCAUAUAACAAACAAUACGAUCGACAAGUUGACGCUAAGCCACCCGAAAAAAAGUGUGUUUACGUUUUUUUUUAUAAAAUUACCACUGAAUUUAUUAGUAAUUAAUUGAUUGUAAUUUAAAAAAUUUAUAAAAUGGAUUACCGAUUUUUCAUCGAUCCAAAAAUGAAAGCAUCUAAAUAUUUGGUGUAUAAAUGUGACAGUUUACCGAUUGAAUUGCUUUUAACAACGGAUAAAAUGCAUGCCAACACACAUGAACACUACAAUUUUUGCAUUGAAAAACAUAAAACAAUGAAUUUAAUUCAAAUUCGAUUGAGCAGUGUACGUGAUAAUACGUCCGUUUUUAUUUGUACGAUUGAUAACACAAAAUUUGAACAUUUUAAAAUUGAACAAUCGCUUUACGUUACAUUUGAAUCGUUUGUAAAUCACAUCACGGAAAUGGUUGAAAAGUGUCGUCAAAAGCAAAUGAACGUGCUGCUAACAAUGAUGAAUAAUGGAUUUGAAGCGACCAACGGACAACGAUUUCGAUUACAAUUUUAUGAAAAAGGCACAUUAAAAAAUUUGGAACACAUUAGUUUACCCAUCGAAUCGGCACCAUACGAAAAAAAUAAUAAUCUACAAUUGGAGCUGGCCCAAAAAGAUGAUCAAAUUGAUCUAUUGAAUGGCAUUAUAAAUGGCCUAAAACAUAAUUUAAAUGAACAAGAGAAAGCAUUAAAAGACCGAUGCAAAGAGCAAUUGACUCGAUUGGAAAUCGAAAUUAAAGAGCUCAACGAUGCCAAAAACUAUCAAACACAAGAGUUUGAGAAGCAAAUAAACGCAUUUAAGGUACGAAAUGAAACAUUGAUGAAGGGAAACUACACACUCAACGAACAAUUACAAAUUGAACAAAAGCAAACGGCCAAAUUGCGAGGCGAUGGUAAAAAAGCCUUAAACACAAUAACAAGUCUCAAUCAGCAAUUGGAUCAAUUGAAUGCCGAACGACUGAAUCAACAAAAUACAGUACAAAAGUAUGAUAAAACGAUUGCCGAUUUGCGUCAGCAAGUGAACGAUCUCGAACAAAAAAUUAUGACACACAAAAAACAAAAGCAAGAAUUGCUGGCCGAAUUGGAAGCCGAACGGAAUAUAUGCCAAAUAAAAAAGGACGGCCUCAAAAUGGCCACCGAAGAUAUCUGUAAUGCAAAUUCAAUAAUUCGAAAACAGGCAACCGAAAUUGAUGUUUUGCGUAAGAAAGUCGAACUACGCACCGAAGUGGCAUUGAAACAAGAGCAAUUGAUACGAGAUUCGAGCCGAGGCAAGGAGAAUAUUGGUAGUAUCAUGGAAAAAAUUGACGAGGCCUUAAAACAAAAUUCAGAACAAACUAAAGACACAGAAAAUCGCAUCAAAUCAAUACGAGAUCGCACCAAUUUCAUUGAAAGCAAAUAUCGAGAUCGCAUCGAUGACCUUUACGACAAAUUAUGCACAAUAUCACCAAAAACGAAUAUAAAAACUAAUUUAAAGAAUGGAUUCGAUUUUGGCUACUAAAUGUUUACUAAAUUAAUUG